AUGGCGCAUCGAGAGGAGGAGGAGGAGGAGGAAGAGCUGCGGCGCCGCCUCAAGUAUUUCUUCAUGAGCCCCUGUGACAAGUACCGGGCCCGCGGCAGGCGGCCCGUGAAGCUCGUGCUGCAGCUCGCCAAAAUCGUCCUUGUCACCGUGCAGCUGAUCCUGUUUGGGCUCAGCAACCAGCUGGUGGUGGCCUUCAAGGAGGACAACGCGGUGGCCUUCAAGCACCUGUUCCUCAAGGGCUACGAGGACGGUGCCGAUGACAGCCAGGCCAUCUACACCCGCGGGGACCUCGUGGAGCACCUGGCCUUCGUCAUCGAGAAGUACCUGGCUGUCCCCAACGAGACCCUGGGCCUCUACGCCUACGGUGGCCCCGGGGCUGGCCCGGGGCUGCGGCUGUGCCAGCGCUUCUUCCGCAGGGGGGACAUCGACCCCGGCAACGACACCUUCGACAUCGACCCCAGCGUCGUCACCGAGUGCCUGGAGGUGAAGCCUGGGGACCCCAAACCUCCGGUGCUGGGCGGCACCGACGGAAACUUCACCCUCCAGUUCCACAGGCUGAUCAACGUCACCGUGGAGUUCCAGCUCAAGGCCAUCAACAUCCAAACGCUGCUGAACCACGAAAUCCCCGACUGCUACACCUUCAGUGUCACCGUCACGUUUGACAACCGUGCCCACAGCGGGCGAGUGCGGAUCCGCCUGGACACCCACGCGGCCAUCCGGGAGUGCCACCACCCCUCGCUGCCCGCCAGAGGUGACAAUUCCCUGCGGCUGGCCUUUGACAUCCUGGUGACAGCCGUGUGCUCGCUGUCCCUGGUGCUCUGCGCCCGCUCCAUCGCCCGCGGGCUGCUCCUGCAGAGGGACCUCUCGCGGUUCCUGCGCUGUCACCGCUCCCUGUCCCUGUCCCUGUCCCUUUCGGACCGCCUGGAGUUCCUCAAUGGCUGGUACCUGCUGCUGGUCACCAGCGACGUCCUCACCGUGCUGGGCACCGUCCUCAAGAUCGGCAUCGAGGCCAAGAACUUCUCAGGGUACGACGUGUGCAGCAUCCUGCUGGGGACAUCGACCCUGCUGGUGUGGGUCGGCGUCAUCCGGUACCUGACCUUCUUCCAGAAGUACAACAUUUUGAUCCUCACCCUGCGCGUGGCUCUCCCCAACGUGAUGCGUUUCUGCUGCUGCGUGGCCGUCAUUUAUUUGGGAUAUUGCUUCUGCGGGUGGAUCGUGCUGGGCCCGCACCACCCCAAGUUCCGCUCGCUGUCCAUGGUGUCCGAGUGUCUCUUCUCCCUGGUCAAUGGCGAUGACAUGUUUGCCACCUUCGCGGCGCUGCGGCCCAGCGGGGCCCUGGUGUGGCUCUUCAGCCAGGUGUACCUGUACAGCUUCAGCGCCCUCUUCAUCUACAUGGUGCUCAGCCUCUUCAUCGCCCUCAUCACCGGCUCCUACGACACCAUCAAGAACCAGUCCGAAGGUGACCUCCCGCUGUCCCAGCUCCACGCCUUCAUCGCGCAGUGCCGGGACAGUCCCAAAUCCGGGAAGUUCCGCCGGGACAGCUCCGCCUCCUGCUCCGCCUCCUGCUCCGCCCUCUGCUGCUGCGGCCGGGCUGCGGUGCAGGACAACGCGCUGCUGGUGAACUGAGGGGACAUCGAGGGGGGGACACCCCAAAACCCCCCCAAGAUUUUUUAUUUAUUUUAUUUUCUGCUUUUACCUGCCCGGGACCCCAAAUCUGGGACACCCCGAGACCCCCGGGAUGGAUUUUGGGGGGUUUUUGGGGACUUUGGGGUCCCCAAAAUCUGUUUUUUGGGGACACUUUGGGACUCCCUGGAUCUCUUUUUGGGGUCUUUGUCCCUGUCCUUGGGUUCACCGGAGCGUCUCUGGGUCACCCCACACCCAAAAAUGUCCCUUUUCAGCCCAAAAUUUGGGGUGUGGCCACACUGGGGGUGGGAGGUUCGUGUCCCCAAGGGGACAAUAAAGGUGACCUGGGACAC